AAGAAAUUGCAGUUUCGUUUUAAUGUGAACUUGGAGCUGUCAGUCAACUGUCUUCAUUAUGUUGAAAAGUAUGCCAGUGUUCGUCACGUGUAAAGGUGUCUAAAUUUUAUUUCCUAAUUCUGAAUUUAAACGACAGUAGAAUUAACUUUUUUGUUAACAUUUGUAAUUCGGUUUAUUAUUUCGUUCUAAAGAAAUGGUUAAAAAUCGUGUUUUGCAGUAGAACAAGCACUUCUGAAGAGAAACAUGUCCUCUUUCAUGGUUGUAGCUAUUGAUUUUGGGACUGCUUACAGCGGAUAUUGCUUCUGUGUGAAAGAUCGUAUAGAGAACAUUCGGUCUGUGUUCUGGGGUAUGGAGCAUGGGCAUAGGUCCCCUAAAACGCCGACUUGUAUUUUGUUUAAUGAGCAUGAAGAAUUCAUCAGCUUUGGAUAUGAUGCAAUGAUGAAAUAUAAUAGGAUGACCUCUACUGAAGCUUUGCGUUACUUUUUCUUUGAAAAUUUCAAGAUGGAUUUAUAUAAUAAGAAAAUAACAGAAUCACUGAUGAUCUCAGCCAAAAAUGGAGAGCCGUUGCCUGCCAUGAAAGUGUUCUCUGAGAGCCUACGAUAUCUGAAGGAUCAUGCUCUGGGAACCAUCAAGGAGUCCACCUGUGGGAGGCAGUUCAUUGCCUCUGAUGUGACUUGGGUGUUGACAGUGCCUGCCAUCUGGGACUCUAAAGCCAAACAGUUCAUGAGACUAGCAGCCACUCGGGCAGGCCUGGUGUCUGAGAUGAGCUCAGAAAAUCUGAUUCUUGCCCUGGAGCCUGAAGCAGCCUCAGUGUGGUGUAAACAGCUGCCCAGGGAAGGCUUUGUGGCUGAGGGAGGAGAUCAAGAAAAACUGCAAGAUACUCCAGGAACACAAUACAUUGUUGUGGACUGUGGAGGUGGAACAAUUGACAUCACUGAAC